UUUUUUUAACAGUUGGUAUAUUUCUCCCGCGUUUAUUAACGCGUGGCGUCAUGUUCCGUUUAUAUCAACAUUAUGAAUGAGUUUUAAGAUUAGUGAUUAUUAAUAAUCAAAAAUAGUGUUUAUAUUAUUAAUCAUUUAAUAUUUUACAUAACGAAAAAAUAUUUAAAUAUCAUCAUUAUAAUUUAUAAUUAUAUUUAAAUAACAUAAGCAAUGUCUUCAUUUAAUUUGAAUGAUCUUGGUACUGAAUUACAAGAUGUUACUCAAAAUAAUGCCGGUAUUGGUGUAUCAUUUGCAAAAAAAUCACUUAAGCUUGAUACUGAAGAAGAUGCGUUGGAAAUAGUCAAAGCAAUACGAGCAUGUACAAAUCUGGAAUAUUUAGAUUUGGAAGGCAAUACUUUAGGACCACUUGCUGCUAAAGCUGUGGCUCAAGCAUUGGAAGAAAAUGGUUCAUUAAUGAAACGUGCCCUUUGGAAAGAUAUGUUUACUGGUCGUUUAAAAUCAGAAAUACCAAAAGCACUUGAAUAUCUUGGCUCUGCAUUAUGUACUGCUGGUACUCAUCUCUUUGAACUUGACUUAAGUGAUAAUGCUUUUGGUCCAAUUGGGAUUGAAGGAUUAGCAAAUUUCUUGACUUCUAGUUCUUGUUAUACUCUUCGUGUGUUAAGAUUAGAUAACAAUGGACUUGGAAUAUCAGGUGGAAAAAUGUUGGCAAAGGCAUUAUUAGAUUGUUAUAAUAAUAGUUUUGAAGCAGGCUCACCUCCCUUAGCAUUAAAAGUAUUUGUUGCUGGAAGAAAUAGAUUGGAAAAUGAAGGUGCAAAAGCAUUAGCUUCUGUUUUCCAAAAGUUAACUAGUUUAGAAGAAGUUGCUAUGCCUCAGAAUGGUAUAUAUCAUGAAGGGAUAACAGCACUUGCUAAUGGAUUAUCAUAUAAUCCUGGUUUACGAAUUUUAAAUCUUAAUGAUAAUACUGUUGGAUUAAAAGGAGCUCAAGCAAUUGCCAAAGCAUUACCAAAUUUCAAAAAUUUAGAACAACUUAAUCUUGGUGAUUGUUUACUUAAAACUCGAGGAAGUAUGGUUUUGGCAGAAGCAUUAGGUGUUGAAGGUAGUUAUCCAUCACUCACUGAACUUAAUUUAAGUUAUAAUGAAAUAAAAACAAAGGGUGCCAAUCCCAUAGCUCUUGCUAUGGCUGAUAAAAAACACUUGGCAACUUUACAAUUGGAUGGAAAUAAUUUUGGUAAAGAAGGUUGUACUAUUUUACGUGAUUCACUUACAAUUUCUGAAAGAAUUGGAUCAUUAAGUACAUUAGAUGAUGACGAAAGUGAUAAAGAAGAUAGAGAAAAAGAUGAAGAAGAAAAUGAAGAGGAAAAUGAUGAAGAAAGCGAUGAAAAAAGUGAUGAAAGUGAAAAUGAAAGUAAAGAAAAUAGAGAUAUUAAUAAGGAUACAAUCAUAAAUGGCAAUAUAAUACGAUCAAAAAUAUCUGUUAUAGAUUUUUUAAAAUCACCAACAGGAGAAAAUUUACUAUUAUUGCAAGAUGAUAUAAUACAAGAUUUUAUAACUUAUGCCAAAAAUUCGUCCAAUUCUGAUUCAUCUUCGGAAUUAAAAUUCAUUGAAGAGUAUACAAGAAUAAUUAUGAAAGUAUCAGCACUUAGUACAAGUGGUUACGUUGAUGUAAGAUUAAGAGCUCAAAAUCUUACAGAUGCAUUAUAUUCAAAGUUAUGCUUUUUUGCAAUUGAAAAUGAUCAAGUUUCUAUUUGGAAUAAUGCUUUGCUAGUCAAUUUAGGUUUAAUAAAAGCAGAAGAUAAAAACAGUGGAAAAAUUGAUUGGAAUUUAGAAGGAUGUUUUAAAGCAUUAGAAAUAGUUAGUCAAAAAGAUUAUUUUUUACAAGAAACGCGAAAUACGUUAAAGUUCUUUUUGGAAAAGCCGAUAAGAAUAAGCAAAAAAAAAGUUAUGGAUUCUUUACAAGAUUCAAAAGAUUCUCUUAAAACUGUUUUAGAUCGUAUACAAAGCACGUAAUAAUUAUUGAAUUAU